AUGAAUUUCUCGAGACUGAUCUCUCUUGCACUAUGCGCGGCAGCAGCGUCCGCUAGCAGGCUCUUCGUCUCCUCCUACGCAGGAAACGUCACAUCUCUAGCCCUCACCGAGAAGGACGGCGCAUACUCUCUGACUCCCACCUACAACGCAACUGAGUGCGGCACAUCUCCUUCAUGGCUCACUCUCGACGCCACCAACGGUCUUCUAUUCUGCGUCAACGAGGGCAUGGCCACUUCAAAUGGCUCCCUUAGCUCCUUCAGAGUCAACCAAGACGGCUCACUAUCUCACGUCCAAAACCUCACAACUCUCGCCGGCCCAGUCCACGCCACACUAUACGGCAACCCGUCAGGCAGACGAGGUAUUGUCCUCGCCCACUACGGCAGCGCGAUCAGCACCUACACACUCAAGGCUGCCGGUCCAGGCGACGCAGGCGUCGACUUCAGCUCUUCCCAAACCUUCACCGCCAGCCCAGGUCCAGUCGCCGACCGACAGAACGCUCCUCAUCCUCACCAAGCCAUCCUCGACCCAACAGGAAAAUACAUGCUCGUCCCUGAUCUAGGCACCGACCAGAUCCGAGUCUUCUCCUAUAACAGCGACAACCUUGCUCUGAACCCGCUCGACUCCCUUGUCACCGACCCAGGCGCCGGUCCUCGCCACGCCGCCUUCUGGACACCAAAUGGUGUUUCGUGCGAAAACUGCACGACCUUCUUGUAUGUCGUUAAUGAGAUCAGUGGAACUGUUGCCUCGUAUAAAGUCAGCUAUCGCGAGAACAAUGCCGGUUUACGGUUCGAGCUCAAGGACACCCAGAACGCCCUGGGUCAUCUCGUCAGUCCUCAACGCAAUGCGCCUAGCGAGAUUAGUGUUUCGCCCGACAACCGCUUCCUCCUCAUCGGCAACCGCAACGACACAACUUUCAACCCUCCAAACAAAGACAAAUCAGCAACGAUCAAGUCAGACAGUAUCUCGACCUUCGCCCUCAAUGGCGACGGCAGCUUGAUGUUUGUCCAGGCUGCGCCGGCUUAUGGUAGCUACCCUCGACAUUUCAGCACUAACAAGGCUGGAAACUUGAUUGCUGUGGGGCUACAGAAGAGUAGUGAGGUUGUGGUGUUCAGUAGAGAUGUGGUUACAGGAUUGAUUGUUAAGCCUGUUGCUAUGGCUAGGAUUGAGGGAGAGGUGUCGUCGGUUGUUUGGAAUGAGUAG